AUGGGAACCGUGAACUAUGCAGAUGGAAUAGCUAUUCUCCAGCUCAUCAUUUUCCCUUUCAUUCUCGCCGCUUCCCUUUUCAUCUGGAAACGGACAGGAUGGAGAGUUGGCGCUAAGAUCUGGCGAUACCCCUUCACACUCUCUCUCAUUCGACUUGCUGGCAGUAUUGCUACAUUAAUUUCGAUCGAUCACGAUUCAAAGCAAGUCAGGAUUGCCAUGUUCGUGUGCCAGCUCAUUGGCAUUGCACCUCUGCUGCUAGCGUAUGUCGGAAUGCUAAGAUUAAUUGAUUUGGAAAAGAAGAUUCCUCGUCGGCCUCUCCUGUUGGUGACUCUCAUGGCCCUUGUCGGUCUAAUCCUUGGUAUUGUUGGAGUCAGCACUGCCGAUACGACGAAUGGUUACACACCAGGCACGCUCCCCAAAGUAGCCAUGGGUCUCUUUCUCGCCGUAUACGCCAUAGUCAUCCUCCUUACUGUUUGGCUAUUCUAUACAUACUCCUUUUCCUUGCGGAAGUAUCAGAAAAUGUUGUUCCUUGGCAUUGCCUUGUCUGCUCCCUUCCUGUUGGUUCGGUUGAUCUACGCAGCCCUCGGCGAUUACAGCUCCAACACAACCUUUUCAAUGAUGUCAUUGGCCGAGAACAAUCACACCAGUCUCACUGCCUAUUUGUGCAUGGCUGUUCUGGAGGAGAUCAUCUCAAUGGUUAUUGCCAUGUUCUUUGGCGUAUUGGCUGUUCUGCAGGCAGACUAUGUGAAGCCUACCCCGGAAGUACACCAGGAGAUGAAGUAUGAGAAUGUGUGA